GGGAAGUACAACUAGACUAACCCAUUGGAAUGACCUGACUCAUUAGUCUAACCAUCUGACUCGUCUUCCACAAUACCACAAAGAGGCGGGUGGUGUAUGACGACAACCUCCGGGACUUUCCGUACCGACUGCGAAACGGUCCUGCUAUCAUUAAACUAAAGAGGAGCGUCCAUUAUCCUUGCCAAAGAAGGAUUUUAUUUUUUAUAUUGGGUUUCUGGUAAUCAAUUAUGGCGGCUUAAACACCUACAAAAGGGAUGUCUAAGAUGGGGGGAGGGGUUUGAGAGCACAUAUCCCUUGGUCUGUGUGUCUGUGUGUGUGCACGCUUGAGACAUUUAUUUAAUUUCUAAUGUUGGUACACAUAAUCACAUAGCACAAGUUUAAGUUUGAAUGGUUAGAUAUGUCUGUGCUAAAUAUACAAGAUAAUAAAGUGUGUACUGAUCCUGGGUGAUCUGACCUCAGUGUAGUAAUAUGAUUAUUGAUGUGAGGAUUGCAUUUAAAUUACUUUUUAAAAUAGCCCAUCCUUUUUUUUUUUUUUACUGCACAGGAUGUGUUUUGUUGAAUUUACAUCCAAUGUGAAUACAACUGAAGAAGAAACAUUGACGUUUCAGCAGUUCAAUGUUCAGAGGUAGUACUCUCUACUAGGUACAGGUAAAAUGGAUCCAGGUGUAAAGUAUAGGCUAUACUGUAUGUAGGGAAUGGGCAUCUCAUGCAGUUUGUGUCCAAUACUGUGUGACGGUGGAUGCUGGACUGGUAGUUUUGUUUCUUCUGCACUGAGUUUCACACUUAGCAAAACCUCACUUUCUUUUUUACGGUCUCUUUACUGUUUCUCUUUUUUGAUUUGAGAUAACCCCCCACCCCCUCUGCCCCUUGAUCUAUAUUACGGUACUAAUUUCAGUUGCAGUUUGAGUGAGUGUAUCGGUGUGAGAAAGCGAGACCAUGGGUUGUCUCAAACCCCUCUCCCUUUGAAGGACAUCUCUUUUGCCUUCAUAUUUCUAAACUUAAAUUCAAAAAUGGAAACUCUUGUUCAACUCAAAAACAACCCAUUUUUAAUGGGGUUGUGUCGCAGUGGGCCUCCACCUGACCUACAAUAUGAUAACUCUUCAGAGCUCUUCCGCAUUUCCACCUUUGCUCGAUUCCCAGCUUCGGUAGUCACAGAGCGAAGUCUGGCAAGGGCAGGUUGGUUCUACACCGGUGUGGGCGACCGAGUGCAGUGUUUCAGGUGUAACGUGACAGCAGAGGGUUGGCAGGCCGGAGACUGUCCAACAGAGAAACACAGACAACUUUCUCCUUCCUGCUCCUUCAUCCAGAGCCUCCCAUCUACAGCCAACCUGCUCUCCUCCUCUCACUCUGCCUUCUCCCCACUCCGCAUUGCCCCAGCCAUACCAAUUUCUGGUCCAGGCCCAGCUGCUCCUAACCCGACAGUAAGCCAAGGGGAAGAGCCAGUUGGCUACCUAAAUAUGGGCUUUACUGCUCCACCCUCCAGCCCACUCAGCUCUCGUGGUGUUGAGGACAUGUCCCACCAGAGACCAACAUGUCACAACCCCAGUAUGCGCAGAGAGCAGGACCGCCUGGACUCCUUUCAUCCCUGGACGGUCUCCAUCAUAACUCCUGCUGAGCUUGCCAAGGCGGGCUUCUACUACCUGGGUCAAGGCGACCGAGUGGCCUGCUUCAGCUGUGGAGGACAGUUGAGUAACUGGGAGCCAGGUGACAGAGCUGUAUCUGAGCACCAGAGGCAUUAUCCAAACUGUCGCUUUGUGCGGGGGGACAGAGCUGACAACGUGUCGCUGGCCGGAGCUGCCGUAUCUGCAUCUGGAGGAGUAACUUCUCAACUGUCUUCAGGAGCCCCAACCCUCAGUAAUGUGUCCAACCCUGCCAUGCAGCAGAGCGAUGAGAGGCUGCUCACUUUUGUCAACUGGCCGUCUCGUAUCCCUGUCAGGCCUGACCAGUUGGCUAAAGCUGGCUUCUACUAUGUAGGUCGUAACGAUGAUGUCAAGUGUUUCUGCUGCGAUGGAGGCCUGCGAUGCUGGGAGUCCGGAGAUGAUCCUUGGGUGGAACAUGCUAAAUGGUUUCCUCGAUGUGAAUAUUUGCUCCAGGAGAAGGGACAAGAGUUUGUUCACCAGAUCCAGGCUCGCUUCCCUCGGCUGUUUGAGCAGCUUUUAACAAACGGAGACAGCAGCUCCAGAGAGUUUGUGGAUCCACCUGUGGUUCACCUCGGUCCAGGAGAGGAGCGAUCCGAGGACGCUGUCAUGAUGAACACCCCUGUGAUUAAGUCGGCUUUAGAGAUGGGCUUUGAGCGUAGUCUAGUCAAGCAAACAGUCCAGAGCAAGAUCCUGACCAGCGGAGAGAACUACAGGACAGUCCAGGAGCUGGUUUUAGACCUGCUGAGUGCCGAGGACCAGAAAAGGGAGGAGGAGCGAGAGAUGCUGGCGGAGGCUAUGGCAUCAGAUGGUUUCACUUUUGUGAAGAGACACCAGGCAGCGUUGAUCCAGCGUCUGAAGAGUGUGGAGCCAGUGCUGGAGCAUUUAAGAGAGCAAAAUAUGUUAUCUACCGAGGAGUAUAGCGGUCUUAAGGCUCAGACGUCACCUCAGCAGCAAACUGCCAGGCUGAUAGAGCUAGUCCUCAACAAGGGAAACGCUGCAGCCGAGGUCUUCCGCAACUGGAUCCAGAAAAACGACGUACACUUGCUCAGAGAUCUCAUGGCCCAAUCAAACGAAGCUGCAUCACCAAGCCAAGAUCUUUCAGACCUCCCCAUGGAGGAGCAGCUGCGGCGCCUGCAGGAGGAGCGUACCUGCAAGGUUUGUAUGGAUAAAGAAGUCAACAUCGUCUUCAUCCCAUGUGGACACCUGGUGGUGUGCAAAGAAUGUGCACCAUCACUGCGAAAGUGCCCAAUCUGCAGAGGCCUGGUUAAAGGCACGGUCCGAACCUUCCUCUCAUAACCAGGAAUGGUAUUUGUGUAGAAUGUAAGCAAUAUGACAUACAUUUUUAUUUAUUGGAAAGUGCGGGAGGGUUGUUUUGCAUCUUUUUUUUUGCCCCUAUGUGAUUUAUCUGUCCAAGUUUAAUCCCAAGAUACAUUCAAGAUGUCACCUGGUUUCUCCAUAAUCUAAACAAACCGCUGACA